AACACACACGGCACCACAUGAUUCUCACUGUACUGAGUUCACUUUUCACUUUAACAUGGGCUGAUGUUGGCGCCAACGGCUACUACGAAACUCAUGUCAAUGAACCAGCUGUCGGUCACCACCAGCGAAACGCGCUCCGGUUGCAGGCUUACAAGUGGCCCAACGGUGUGGUUCCGUAUCUAUUUGCCGAUAGUUGCGACCAGCAGUACCGAUCAGCCGUCCUUGAUGCGAUGAACGUCCUUCAUCAAGCCACCUGUGUUCACUUCAUUCCGAAGACCACGGAACAGAUCGAGCACAUACAGUUUGGCAAGUCUGAACUGGGCUGCGGAUCGAACAUUGGAUACCGGCCAGAUCAACGUGAUCCACUGGAGGUGCUACUGGAUGACUUCUGCGUUGGCUUACCGGGCGCCAUACAGCAUGAACUUCUACAUGUCCUGGGGCUGUUCCAUGAGCAUACCCGACCCGACAGGGACGAUUACGUUGAGGUGCUGUGGGAUAACAUCGAACCAGAGUUCCGUCGAAACUUUAUCAAGGGUACAUGGGACUACAUGGAAACGUUCGGAUUACCAUAUGAUUUCGGCAGUGUGAUGCACUAUCCGUCGUAUGCCUUUGCAAGGCCAGGUACUACUGAGACUAUGGUCUCCAAAGACAACCGUACUGCUCAGCUUGGACAAACUGAUGGGGCAAGCGAGUUGGAUCUGGAGAAAGUCAGGCGAAUGUAUAAGUGUGAUGGGGUGUCAUCUGGCAUUUCAUUAUGAACAGUUAAGUUAUGUUGCAUGAUUUAUUGGUGCCUAUCGUAUAGGAGGAAUGCAUUAAGACAUAUAUGUAUACAUAAUAUAUUAUAUAAAUCGAUUAAAAUUACCGUACGGAUCUGUGUAUAAUUUGAAGUAA